AUGGCCUACACGACACAGUACCACGACGACUCGGACGCAGAUGACGAGUUCGAGCGACAGGGCAUCCACAGCCCAACCCUCCCCGCCGAGUACGAGAGUUCGCCCACGAGCUCUGGUCCGCUGAGCACAGAACACACGCCCACGACCUUUACCCACUCGAGGGACAGCAAGAGCAGCCCCACCGAACACAUAAUGGAGUGGUCGGCAGAUCAAGCGGCAGACUUCAUAGCAGACCUAGGCUUGGAGCAGUAUGCCGACACGUUUGUUGACGAGGGCAUCACAGGCGAUGUGCUAGCCGCCCUACAACAUGCUGAGCUCAAGGAGAUGGGCGUAGGCAGCGUGGGCCACCGCCUCACCAUCCUCAAGGCCGUCUACGAGAUCAAAAUCAGCCAGAACGUGCCCUUGGAACCAGAUGACUAUGUCCCGCUGUCUGCGGACACUUCGGCCCAGGAAGCACCACCAACACAGGACGACUUCGCCAAGGUGAUCCGUGUCGUUCAAGCACGAGACGAGCGCAUACACACAGCUGAGUCGGAGCUGCGACAUCUACGGGAAGACCUCAGUAGGGUCAUGGACGAGAACAAGCGGUUACGGGAAGAGAUUCUACCGCUCAUGCGCAUGCUAAAAGACAACCCGAAACCUCUGCCUACUCCUCACGAACACACCGUCACCUCACCCCCGCCUACGGAACAAAGAUCUGGCGGAAGCAGUCUGUCGCGUAAGUUCUCUACUAAGAAGCUCUUCCUCGGGUCCGCCCCAAAGAAUCCUUCUCCAACAAUCCAAGAACAUCGUGCUCUUGUCGAUCAUUCUUCUUUGGAUCCCUCAGCAGCAGCUAUGGCAGCAUCUUCACACCUCACAGCCUCACUUGGUGGUGGCCCACAAACGUCGCCCAACUCGAUUGCACAACCAUCGCCCACUUCACCUGCAUAUACGCAAGGUCAAAGUCGACAGUACAAUCGCGAACUGCCCCGAACCGGACACGAGCACGAGAAUACCUCUGGCUGGGGACCAACAAAUACCUGGGCUUCAGACACAACCGCUGUAUCCGACCGCAAUCGCGAUCCACGCGCAACGCCCGCACCGUUGUCAUCGCGGCUGAUGCGAAACAACGCCGCACCUACACCAAACCCCGAUGAUCGAGAUCCACCGCUAUCAGGCGGUUCAAGCACACUAAAUGCAUCUUCGUCCGCCCCCGCAUCGACUCCUUCCACCAAUCCGCAAGUCGAGAUCUUCAAGUCUUUCCGCGUGUCCAUCGACGAUCCAUGUCACAAAGUUCUUCCAGUAGCACUCAAGAAAUACAACAUUACAGCAGACUGGCGGCAAUAUGCGUUGUAUAUUGUCCACGGCGACCAAGAGCGGUGUUUAGGGCUGAACGAACGACCCCUCAUAUUGUUCAAGCAGCUGGACAAAGAAGGCCGAAAACCAAUGUUCAUGCUUCGCAAGCACGCGGCACCCGCAGAAGGCCAUGUCAGUACUGUCGGCGGCAACGAUGUUCGCCCUGUAAAUCCACAGAAUGAGAAUUUUGGUUGGGGUAACCAGAACAGAGGGACGCCAUUGCCAGGAGGAGUGCUGUAG